AUGCAUUUCAGAGGAUAUGUGUACUCUGAGGAAGAGUCUGAGAGUGAGAGAUUGAGGGAGGAAAGGAGGACCAAGAAGAGGAAUGACCCAUUAGUAGUGAGAGUGAAGCAAGGGGAGUUUGAGAUUGGAGUGAACCUUGUUCAAGAGGAGGGAAAUGGUUCUCCAAUGAAGAAGGAAGUGAUGAGACUGAGAGUGAAGAGGAAGGAGAAGAGGUGA